GCCGGCCGGCGUAUAUAGAGUUUUUUUUUUGAGUUGCCGUUUAGCUCAAAAGCGAUGAGCAUCUCACAGUUUCCUCCGCCUGCUUCUCCAUCUCCAUCUCCAUCUCCAUCUCCAUCUCCAUCUCCGGCGAGUUUAUCAUCAUCAUCAUCGAUGAGGCUAUGGAGACCAGCUGCUCAGAGUAAUCUACGGAACCAGUGGUUAAAAAAAAGAUGAAUGCUUUUACUCACUUUUGUGUUUGUUAAUAUGGGCAAUAUAGGUUUGUGCCAGCGAUGAAGUUUGCUGCGUUGAGUGACAUGGUUGGUAUCAAGGAGAAGACUUUGAAGAAGCUGUCUAAGCAACAGAGUUCGUAUCGGAUCAAAGCUUCUAUCUUCGUACAAGGAAAUGCUACAGGUAGGUGUUGUUGUUGAGAUGGUGAAUGUGAGUAGAUCUCUUAGAUGUUAUAUGAAGCCGAGUAUUAUACAGUUCUCUGGCUCUAAGGAAGAUUCAGAUGAUGCUGGAGAUUGCGGUGGCAUCCCUGUGUUUAAUUUUUUGAAUGUCUCUGCAUUUGAGAAGAUGGCCGAGGAGCUUGUGGAGAUGUUCAAACGCCAAGUAAUUCUAAAGGAUGGAUGAGAUAUUAGCAACGGUCGGAGAAGAAAUUAGACUCACCUUCUAAAGUUUGAAAGCUAUUCCUUAGUGAGGCGUCUGGUUAAGUUUCUGUUACUUUAAAGCAUGACUGCUUCUACAGAGCACUAAGUGACUUAAAGAGACAGAGGAAGAGACUUUUAGAAAAUCUUAGCUUUGAUGAAACUCAAUUGCUAUGUUUUGUUUACUGGAAACCAUAGGUUGU